GUCGUGGUUGAGGUGGGCUCCCUCCAUUCUUGCCCCGAGUUGUUACGCCGUGAUCCGCGCGGGUGCCGCCUAGAUAAGGUUUCAUGCUUCCGAUCUUGAUGCCAAAGAAGGAAGGAGUUUGGGGUCGUCGCCCACUCAGGUGCCCUCUAGCGCACGAAUGCAAGGCACUAACUCCACCCAACGGGAAGGAGCUUCGUCCAAUGACGUGUCUCAAGUCAACAGCAUGUUGUCCGAAAGAGGCGGCAACCCCAUCAUCAUCACCUGUCACGAAGAUAUUUGGUUCAUCAGCGGCGAUACGGCUUGCUUUUAAAAGACACGAAAUGAAUCAACACUUGGUCCAAGCUCCCAUUCAGGGGUGUAAACAAACUACGUCAAGUGCCGCCGGUAUUUCGUGCUUUGCCAGACUCGGAACCGUCAACAUCGACUUGCCAAGAAGGGAUAACGGACGCAUCGUACCGAGCCAAACCUUUGAUAUUAUGUUCUUGAUCUCGGGUUACGACUCUGACAACCAGACGAGCCGAAGUUCCGCUGUCAUCUUGCAGGCGUCAUCUGCACCCCGCAACGCCUCCAAGCAUACGGAAAUCUUGGAACGGAGGAGGCUUGCCAACUGCCGUUGCGGCCAGCCGGCUACUGAAGCCUGGAGACCGGGGAAUGACAACCUCCGCCAAGUAUUUUCAUGCUGUAUUGGGUCACGGAAGGAGCUCGACGAGGUUGUGGCUUGCCAUUGAAAGAACAAGCGAGUGAUGUGAAUUGGCGGCCUGGGUCGCCUGACCGGGUAUCGGGGAAGGAUAUGGAAGUUCAAAAGGAGCUUCAUUCC